CGUUUUUCCCUUCUUUUAUAUAUAUAUAUAUUUAUUAUUUUGGUUCAUGGCAGCAAGCAGUUCGUCAUCUUCCAAAAUACCUGAAAAAUCAUGGACUACAACAACACGUUCACUUUCUGAAUACCUUUGGCAAUCGCCUGUUUUAUUCCAAUGUAGGUUGACUGAAGAUGCUAAACAUCAUAUUCUGACACAGUGUUACGAAUCUCUUUGGGAACAUGAUCAAGACAAGAUGCGACAAUACUUUUUCCCUACUUCUGAAGCAUAUCAACUUUCUCUGGCGCGGUUGUCAGCUUCUGAACAAGACAAAGAACACUAUAUGAGUACUGAUCAACAACCAUCAUGGCACAGCAAUGGCUUUGUACCUCAACCUGAUUUAUCAAGUCAAAGAGGAAGGCAAUGUGGACAUGUCUUUCGUAAAGGUGAACCUGUUUAUCGUUGUCGAAACUGCGGCUUGGAUGAAACUUGUGUAUUCUGUUCUACUUGUUUUCACGCUACUGAUCACGACGGUCAUGAUGUCUUAUUCUCAAUUAGUCCUGGGUCUGGUGGUUGCUGCGAUUGUGGUGAUAUCGAAGCUUGGAAAGUACCUCUCCAGUGCAAAGUACAUUCUAUGGAUCAACAAUCAACUCAAACAUCAACCUUGGAAAUAGAUCCUGAAUUGUCAAAACCAAUACAAAAGACAAUUGCCAUGGUGUUAGAUUUUUUAUUGGAUACAUUUGCUUUGGCUCCAGAUGAGGUGGCCUUACCAUCAUCUUCGGAAGAAGUUAUCAAAGAAAAUCGUCAAGAGCGAGAAGUACUUGGACGUAUGGGUAUACGAUCUGAAAUGGAUACAACAAUGAACAACAACAACAACAACAAUAACAACAACAAUGGUGAUAAUAUUACUUCAAAUGAUUUAUUUAAACAAGAAUAUACGGAUACAGGAUCAAUGGUGGAAGAAGAUGUAGAUAUGGACAAGGAAAAUCCGAACACUCAUGAAAAAAGCAAAUUGGAUUGGAAUUACGAUCAUGAAUGCUUGGAUGAAAACAAUGAAAUAUGUGAUGGUCCCGAUGAACUCUAUGCCUGUAUAGCUUGGAAUGAUGAAGCUCAUGCCUUCUCACACGUAUUGGAAUCUAUUAUGUCAGCUACUGGUUAUGAUUGGGAAAAGGCAAAGAAAAUUGUAGAUGUCAUUCAUGUUCAUGGUCGAGAAGUUAUUGAAUUAUCCAAUAAUGUUGAUAACUUACGAAAAAUUGCUGCUCCUCUUGCUGCUAUCAACCUAGGUGUUACCAUUCGACCAGCGCGUGCUACUUUUCGUGAACAAGUAUGUGGAUUACUAGUGGAUUGGUUAAAGGAGCUUGUAUGUGGUGAAGUCCGAUUUUUUACUCAAAUACCUGGUGGUGACUCUGUAGUUCGAAAUUUAUUAUGCCGUGAACUCUGUUCUGAAUGGGAAUUACGUUUACCUCUCGCUAUUCUUACUACUGGUUCACGAACAAGUCGGAAUAUAUCUGAUGUGAUUGAUGUUGUACAAACUGAAAUCAGAGUGGAAGAUGGAAAUGGUGGUCCAAAUGGUGCUGAUGGAAACUUUACUGGACUCUUCGAUCAUGUUAUACCAACAACCGAACAAACAAAUACAACAACUCCUACCAUUACUACGACGGCAAAUCCUGGAAACGAAGAUGUGGAUAUGUUUGAUCCUGAGAGUUCCAUUCAAUAUCAAACUCAAUUCAAAGUUGGUUCUCCUGCUUCCACUUCAUCAAGUCCUGUGGUAUAUCGAAAUCAAUGUGAUGUGGCUACUAUCGAUUGGGAUCCUGCUGCCAUGGUUCGUGAGUAUCAAGCCUUACGUAUUGAAGAAGAGACUUUUGGUGAAUCUUUGGCUCCAAAACAAGUGGCAGAUGGCAAAAAACCUGUGACGACAGCUAUACCUCAAGAAACAAUGCAGAACGCAAAGAAUAUGCAAAAGGAAUUUGAAGAAAAGCUUCGUAUUGAUUACUUUAUGCUCUAUGAUCUCAAACUCUGGAAAGAAAUUCGAAUCUCAUUACGGGAACUGUAUAUCGCCUCUUUAGCUUCCAUGCCUAUGUACAAAAAAAUCCUUGGAAAACGUCUCACUCGAAAUUAUGCUCGUUUGGCAGAAUCAUUCUUAUUAAAGGAUAGGGAACCGGAAAAUUCAAUCAUCCUUUUCUCUGUUCAACUUUUGACUGUUCCAUCAGUGUCUGACCUUUUGGUGAAUGUUUACUAUUUCUUUGGACUGAUCUGCUCAACAUUGACGGCCUUUUUCUUAACAGAUCAUCUUGGAUUGCUGUUACCUUCUGAUCGUGCUCGCCUCCCUUAUCGAAUCAACUGUGAAUCUCGGGCUUUCCGUACACGAAGAUAUUUUAAUGCUUUUCAUGAUUUGCGAUACAUUAUGAACGUGACAAUGAUCAAACAGGUACUUGCUCAAGAUCCAUUGUAUUUACGACAAUACAUCGAUUUGAUUGGACUUUUUCAAGGAAUGAAUGCUCAAGUAUGCCAAAAGGAUACUCAUGUGGAAUACGAAUCUGAAAUUUGGGUGAAUGCAUUCAAUGUGACUCUUCAAAUUGCCAAAUGCUGUCGACAAUUUGCUGAUUGUUUUGGAAACUUACCUGUGGAAUCCGAAGGACAACGUGUGUUGGCAUGCAAGAUCCUAGUGCGUUCUUUAGCUCGUGUCCUAAAGAAAAUUGUAGAUUGGGGUAUUGAUAUUGAAGAAAACGACAACAAUGAAGAUACAGUUAUUGAUAACACUACUGGAAAACCAAAAUCAACUACUCCUGUUUAUAUAUCUGGUAUUCAAUCACAUACAUAUCACACCGUUACAUUACCAAACAUGGCGCCAUUACAAGUGAUUCAAUAUGAUGUGACCUCUCAACCUGUUUCUUUUCAUCAUCCUCUUCAUUGGCUUUUGGCUGGAUUAUUAGAACAUGCACAUAUAUUAGAUGAUAAUGUACUCAGAAAAGCUGGUUGGUCUAAUGGAUUCUAUGAAGCAAUUUCUUUAUUCUCCACAUUAAACGGUGAAAUGGCUGGACCGGAUGUUUUGCUCCCUAUCUUGGAAUAUCCUAUUCGUACUAUUGUCUUUUCCUCUCAGAUUCGUGCUGGCGUAUGGGUACGUAAUGGAUAUGGUCUUAGAACUCAGGCUCAUCAUUAUCGAGAAAUAUCUCUUCGUGAAAAUACUUAUGAUGCUGAUAUCUUCCUUUUACAACUUGGAUUCGUUACAGUUGGUUCAAAUAUAUUAUUGGCUACAUUGAUGGAUCGAUUUGACCUGGUAAAUUGGUUCCAAGGGAAUACAAAACAUGAUCAAUAUGACAACACUCAAACGGUAUUUAUGGCGGAAGAAAUUCUCAACAUAUUGAUUGUAUGUAUUUGUGAACACAGCAACAUUUUGGGAGCUUCUAUGCAAGAUAAGAUUCGACGGGAAAUCAUUCACAAUCUCUGUUUGGGACUUUCUUCGUAUUCUGAAUUAACCAAGCGCAUUCCUGAAAGGCUUACGGAACAUCCUGAUUUUGAUAUGAUCCUCUCACAAGUGGCAAACUUCAAGGCACCAGAUGGUAUUCAUGAUCAUGGACGAUACGAACUCAAGGACGAAUGCUUUGAUGAAGUCGAUUCCUAUUUCUGGCACUACAGUCGUAACAAUCGUGAAGAAGUUGAAAAUGUUCUGAAGGCUCGUUGGAAAAAGGCAAACCCUGGAAAAUCAGAAACUGGAUUUUUUGUCUUACCCAAAGUUGGUAGUAUCAAUUCUGGUCCAUUCAAGUAUCUCGGCUCUAUUUUACAUACUCCCGUCAUGGUACAAAUGUUAGCUUACGCUCUUUGGAAUGAUCGUGGAAAAAGUCACAAUAGCGAUACCAUUCUCGACCAAUCUCUCCACCUGAUUAUGUUGGCUUUGAUGGAUACCAAUCAUAGUGUUUCCAAAGAAGAUGGAUUUUAUCGACAUGUAUUCAAACAAAAAUAUAGCUUCAGCAAUGAUGACACAACACAAGAAUUGACUUUAUUCGACAUUAUGACUCUCCUUCGUGAAGAUGAUCAAUACAAAGAAGUACAUGGACGGUUUGAUUGGAUCUUCCAUACUCUCGAAACCCAAGGGUUUGACAUGACAAGAGACUCUGUACAGCAAUGGCGCAAUAACAGUAGUGUGAUGAAACGUGAAUUGGCUUCUCAAACGGCAGCAGCGGAUAGCAACAAUCAAGGUGAAAUUUCUGAAUACGAAAAAAAGAAACAAGCAGCACGAGAACGACAAAUGAAGAUCAUGGCUCAAUUUGCACAGGCUCAAUCACAAUUCAUGGAACAGAACGAAGGAUUAUAUGAUGAUGAUGAUGGUGAUGAUAUGGAAGGUGAACCCAACUUUUCUCAAGAACAAAAUAGUAGUAAUGAUGAUGCUGACAAGGAUGUGAUUCAUCGCUUCUGUUCUUAUCCUGUUGGUACCUGUAUUGUUUGUCAAGAAGAUGUACAUGAACGAUCUGCCCCAUAUGGUUUACUAGGCCUCUUCCAAACAUCUAAUAUUCUACGGGAAACACCAAUGGAAAGUACCAAGGUCUUCAAUGAUGUAUUAACCAUGGGUCCAACUCUUGAUACUCAAUGGCCUGAUCAACAAGUACUUCCAGAUGACCAGUCUUCGAUACCUGGAUUUCCUUCGCAAUUACACAAAACUGGACUAUACGCUUCAUCAUGUGGACAUCUGAUGCAUAUCAACUGUUUUGACGUCUAUUGUUCCUCCAUCGAUUCUCGACAUUCUACGCAAUUGACCAGAAAUCAUCCGGAAAACCGUAGUCGCAAGGAAUUCAUGUGUCCUCUUUGCAAGUCGCUGGGAAAUGCUUUGCUGCCACUUUUUUGGAAAGGAAAAAAGGAAUCUUCAAAAGGACCUCUCAUGAAUGCAGAUGAUAUGAGUUUCUACAAGUUUAUACAAUCUGGUGGACAUUGUCAUAUUCAAACACUCAAGCAAAUCAUUGGUCCCAAUAGGCCAACAACAUUCAAUCAAGGACGACGAAGCAGUGGUGCCAGCAAAUUGAAGGAAACUCUGACUACCUGGCUUGUUGGUGAAGAUCGAGUAUCACGUCGACCUAUUACUACUACUACUGCUACUACUACUACUACUACAGUUGCGGCUACUGCGACUAAUAGUACUAUUACAAACACGAAUUUACCUGUACCAUCACCACUUGAUCCAUUAUCACCAUCUUCUUCCCAACAACAACUACAACAACAACAAGAACAAGAACUAGAACAACAACAACAACUGUCGCAGCCACAAGAAUUACAACAAAGUGAACCAGCAACAUCAUCAUCAUCUACAACUUUGCCACAAACUACGAUCAUGGCCAAUGGAAGUUUGGGACCUUUUGACAAUGAUAUUCUUUAUAGUUCUGCAGUACAAAACAUUUCCGCUAUCAAAAAAUCAUAUUCUCGAUUAUUUGAUAUUCUAUCAAUUAUUUAUCAAGAAGUAUGUGGUGAUGAAGCAGCCAAGGAAUUAUCAGCAACAGCGAAAAAUGUGGAUUUAUUAUGGGGAUUAUUUGGUUAUACGAUCAACGGUGUAGAAAUUGCAACACGAGGAUUACCAAGAAAUAUUUACAAUACCUAUGAUGAUGAUACCGACUUUACUGGAACUUUCUUUGAUCAAAUUCCAGGACAAACGCAAAUGUUACUUCGAAUCAUGGGAGAUACAGUCAAUGCUUACACUACACUCAUGUGUCAAUCUGAUCAAUCAACAACGACAACUACUCUCAAUCGUGUCCACAUGCUUGCGCUUGGAAGAAUGAAACAAAUAUUUACUGAUGCUGCUGUGGAUGAUUUAUCGGCAUUCACAUUGUCUUCUCUUCAAACACAACAACAACCAACAUUACAGCAAGGACAAGAACGUUUGACAAUGUAUGAAAACAUGCCUUUGAUAGAAGAUGAUCCUUUUAUGAUUUUGGUGGAACUGUCUUUACAUAUGGUACCUACAACAGAGAUGGAAUUGUAUCCUUUGAUUCGUGUUCUCUUUUUGGCAGAAAUAACAAAGACGGUGGUGGCAUUAUUGGAAAAUCAGGUGUAUGGUACGAAUGGACCAAGUUCUGAUGAUGAUCAUCAAGUGGGUGAACAAGAACAAAAGGCAAUGAAAUCAUUUGUUCGAUUGGUGAUGGAAAAUACGCAAACAACGAUUUCAUCACAACAUGAUCUCUCAGAUUCGGAUAUUAGGAUAUUAUCUCGAUUAACACAAUCAUUUGUACUUCCAUUUUUACGACGCACACUAUUAUUAUUGAUCACCAAAUUUGGCUAUAUUACAACAACAACAAUUGAUAAUAAUACUGGCAUGAUGAUGGAAGAAGAGAAUGAAAAUAACGGCGAUACAGAAUUGAAUAGAUUAUUGGUUUUACUCCGGUUACCAUCUUGGGAAGAUAUAUUGAUGAGUGUGAAUCAUGGACAAGAUCAACAAAAACUAAUACAACAAUGGUGUUAUCAACAUGUACGUGAAGUGAAUAGAAGAAUACAACUAGAAGAAAUUGCUAGGACGACAGUAACAUCAUUAUCAGCAACUACAACAACAACAACAACAUUACCUGAACUUAAACAAAUGAAUGAUUCAUCAUUCCGAAUUGUUUUGGAUUUACCGACACCCAUUUAUUUAGUACCUUUACCGUCAAGAUUAGAUCGAUUAUUUGAUGAAAGUCUUCAACGUGUUUGUCAAAAAUGUAAAAUGGUACCUAGUGAUCCAGCUCUAUGUCUCUUUUGUGGUACUUUUGUUUGUUGUCAAAGCUUUUGUUGUUCCGAAGAUGAAGAAGGUGAAUGCAAUUUACAUACUUUAGAAUGUGGCGGUGAUAUUGGUAUAUUUUUAUCAGUAAAACGAUGUGUAUUAAUUUUACUUCAUAAUGGCAAUGGUUGGUUUAUGAAUGCUCCUUAUUUGGAUACACAUGGCGAAGUGGAUCAAGGUUUACGACGUGGAAGACCUCAAUAUUUGAAUACCAAACGAUACUCUGAAAUUCGAAAAUUAUGGUUACAACAUAAUGUAGCUAUUUAUGUGGCUCGUCAAAUUGAAGCUACUUAUGAUAUUGGAGGAUGGACUACCCUAUAGUAUACUUAUUUUUUUUUGUUAUUAUUUAUACAUUUUUUUAUAAUAAAGAAAAAAAAAUAAAGUUUUCUAUGUGUCUUUUU